UGCGCGAAGGAGCGUGACGUGCGCAUGGAAGUCCACUAUGGCAGUGUUGUUUAGCAGUGUUUGAGGGGCAGCUGGGCUCUGAAACCAUCUCCGACCGACGGGAUCCUCCGGCCGCCGCUAAAGAUGAGCUCCAGGAUCAAGGAGAGUCCUGAGUCGACCUUUGACGUUUAUCUGGAGGUAGCUAACCCAGGGAAGCAUAGCUCUGGACCGGAGGUGCAGCGGCAGUUCCCUGAAGACUACUCUGAUCAGGAAACUCUCCUCACUGUGCCAAAGUUCUGCUUCCCCUUCAGCAUGGACAGCCUGACAAUCAACCAUGUCGGACAGAACUUCACAUUCGUCUUGACGGACAUUGAGAGCAAACAAAGAUUUGGUUUCUGUCGGCUCUCCUCAGGAGCUCACACCUGCUACUGCAUUCUCAGCUACCUGCCCUGGUUUGAGGUUUUCUACAAGCUGCUGAACAUCCUGGCUGACUGCUCAGUCAAAGGCCAGGACAGCCAGUGGCAGGAGCUGCUGGUCUCACUACAUACGCUCCCCAUCCCCGAGCCUGGAGUCCCCGUCCACCUGGGCGAGCAUUCGUUCUUCACUGUGCCUGACAUCACGGAGCUCCCUAGCAUCCCUGAGAAUAGAAACCUAACAGAGUACUUUGUAGCAGUAGAUGUGAAUAACAUGCUUCACCUGUACGCUAGUAUGCUUUAUGAACGUCGAAUCCUCAUCUGCUGUAGCAAGCUGAGCACUCUGACCGCCUGCGUGCAUGGUUCUGCUGCCUUGUUGUACCCGAUGCACUGGCAGCAUGUUUACAUUCCUGUGCUUCCUCAGCAUCUGUUGGACUACUGCUGCGCCCCAAUGCCUUUCCUCAUAGGAGUUCAUUCCAGCCUGAUGGAGAAAGUUCAAGGGAUGGCUUUGGAUGAUGUGGUGCUCUUGAACGUUGACACCAACACCCUGGAAUCCCCCUAUGAUGACCUUCAAAGCCUUCCCAAUGACGUGGUUUCAUCCUUAAAGAGUCGUCUAAAGAAGGUUUCAACGACAACAGGUGACGGUGUGGCUCGAGCCUUCCUGAAGAGUCAGGCGUCUCUGUUUGGCAGCUACAGGAACGCCCUGCAGAUCGAAGUGGGGGAGCCAAUCACGUUCAGUGAGGAGACAUUCAUCAGCCAUCGAUCCAGUGCCAUGAGACAGUUUCUCCAGAAUGCCAUCCAGCUGCAGCUGUUCAAACAGUUUAUUGAUGGCCGCUUGGACCUGCUCAACUCAGGGGAGGGUUUCAAUGACAUCUUUGAGGAGGAGAUUAACAUGGGGGAGUACGCAGGCAGUGACCGGACCUACCACCAGUGGCUCCUCACUGUGAAGAAAGGGGGCGGAGCUAUUUUUCAGACCGUGAAGACCAAAGCCAACCCAGCCAUGAAGACCGUCUACAAGUUUGCAAAGGACCACGCCAAGAUGCGCAUCAAAGAGGUCAAAAGCCGGUUGAAACAGAAGGAGCAGGGGGAGAACGGCUUCGCCACCCCUGGGUCAGCAGGGAAUGAUGACGACAGCACCGCAGAGUUUGCUUUUCCCGCUGCCACGGUCCUGAGGGGUGGAGCUGAGCGAACAUGGGACGGCCACCGGCCAGUGACUGUGCACUUUGGACAGGCCCAGCCUCCAACACUACUGAAGAGGCCCAGCAGUAAUGUGAGUCUGGAGAGCAGCUGUGAGCACUCUGUCCGUCCCACUCGUCACUAUACCGUGUUUCUGUCUGAGGAUUCAUCUGGAGACGAGCUCCAAUAUGACGAAGAGUCCAUAUCUGGCUUCCCUGACAGCUUUCUUUUCUCUGCGCCUUUUGACUGGUCACCUCUGCCCCAGCCCUACCGCUCCCUAAAGGAGGUGGAGCUAAUGGAAGGAGAUGACUUUGGUGUGGGUGCAGAGAGCCAUACUGCACCUCCCAGCCCCGUCAAUGAAAGGUUCUCCAACCUCAACCUCCUGGGGGACAUUUUCAGAUGCCAGGAGGAACCAGACUGCCAACCUGCCCCGCUGGCUAAGAGUCUAGAAGACCUGCGGACACCUAAAGACCCUGAGGAGCUUCAGGCCAAGUUCAACUUCCAGAGGUUGGAUCUGAGCGUCAGUGAAAACUCCAGAACGCUUCCAGGGCUCAAACUCUCCAAUCCUUACAACAAGCUGGGUGCUUUAGGGAAGGACAGCCGAGUCCCGCCUGUCUGUCUCCGUCCUGCUCCAUCAGUCCAGCUGCCUGUGCACACCGAGUCCUGCUCCCCUCCCAGGGAAACCUCUGGCUCAGCCGUAGACUCUUUGGACCCGUCCGCCAUCGGGAACAUCACCAUUCCUCGUCCCCAAGGAAGGAAGACGCCAGAGCUAGGAGCGGUUCUGGCGCCCCCUGCUGUCCAGUCGCGAUCCAAAGCUGUGGGUUCCAGGGAAGGACGAGCUGCUCCAGGCAGGGAGGAGUUCAGGCAGGCCCUGAGUAUGAGCUCAGAGGGACAGCAGGCCCUGGAGGACAGCGCGGACCUGAUCAGGCUAUUGGACCCUCUGAACAGCUCGGCGCCGCCCUCCUCUGCUCCAGUAGACGGGUUAGAUAUGGAGUCAUCAUUGGCAGGAAGGCCCGCCCUCCCCCCGAGGCCCUACCACCAAGGCCCGCCUCCUUUCCCUCUUCAUCAUCCUCACGUCUCUCUGAACCCGUUCGCCCAGUCCGUCCAGCACUACUCGCCCUCGGUCUGCGGGAAUCCCUUCAGCGUGGCCUAUGGACCUCCCCCCGCCUCCUUCAUGCACACCUCCUUCUCUGCACUACCAGGGAUCCACAGACAGCUGUCCCCCUGCAGCUCCAGCCAGGGACAGGCUCAGACAGCAGCCGCCUCUCUGCCUCAGACCUCUGACAGCAGCCACGCCCUCUCCAGCCCGCUGGACGCCGCCAUGAAGCCGCUGCAGGCGCAGGGCCCCGCCAAUAAAGCCAAGGACCCUUUUGGGGACCUGCUGAGCAUGGCCACCCCUGUUCUACCACAGAAGAAGAAGGCAGAGGACCCCAGGAGGAAGUGGGAAACCUUUGACUGAUUGCGCUGCUGCACCAGGCUCCGCUGGGCUGCUGCUAAGCAACAAUCAACACUACGGCGUCCCAGUGAGGCUCCGCCUCUUUCUGGAUCCUGACUCAUCACAUGACUCACCUUAAGAAGCAGAUCCAGCAGAUCCUGGAUUUGAUUGGCUGAUUUAUCAGGAGCUUAUUAAGGUCUGAAUAAAAAAGAAAACUGCUGAGCUUUUCUUUAUCUGCAGAACAUCCUCCUCUUCCUCCUCCUCCUCUUCAUCCUGCUCCUCUUCAUCCCCCUCCUCUUCAUCCUGCUCCUCCUCCCCCUCA